AUGAUCUUCUGCAAGCUGCUUUUGUUGACGAGCGCUCUUGACUUGUUGCUGUUCCACAUCGUGGGAAGCGGUCAACCCAAGAGUGGCUUCAGUGUGAUGACUAGUGUGCAGGAGGCCGACGUGAUGGAGUCUACAUGCAAGCUGAAGGCCAAGUUCAACCUGAACAGCUACAAGGAUGUAGAGAAGAAGAAGGUUGUUAUUGGGGGAAUGUUUCCUGUUCACAAGCACAUUAGUUCCAGUGAUGGCAACACUUCGAAGGUGCCGGUCUCCUCGGGGUGUGAGGGGUUUAACUUCCGCACCUUCCGCUGGACGCAGACCAUGCUGUUUGCCAUCAACGAGAUUAACAAGAAGAAGGACCUGCUGCCCGACACCGACCUGGGCUACGUCAUCUACGACUCCUGCUUCACCAUCUCCAAGGCCGUGGAGGGCACCCUCACCUACCUGACGGGCCAAGACGAGGCCGUACCCAACUACCGCUGCGGGACUGGGGCCCCUCUGGCUGCUCUGGUGGGUGCUGGGGGCUCAGACCUGUCUAUCGCCACGGCGAGGAUACUUGGACUGUAUCACUUCCCACAGGUCAGCUAUUCUUCAACUUGCUCCGCCCUGAAGAAUAAGUUCCAGUUCCCCACCUUCCUCAGGACCAUUCCCAAUGACAUGCACCAGUCUACAGCUAUCGCCCAGCUGGUGCUACACUUCGGCUGGACUUGGGUGGGCACCAUAGCUGCAGAUGAUGACUACGGCAAGUAUGGCAUCAAAGACUUCAAGGAGCAGGUGCAGGAGGCUGGUGUCUGCAUCUCCUUCUCUGAGACGCUGCCCAAGGUGAGUUCCCCAGAGGACAUCCAGCGUAUUGUUCAGACUGUAGUCGAGGCCACGGCCAAGAUCAUCGUGGUGUUCUCGUCAGACGUGGACCUCAGUCCUCUCAUCCUCGAGCUGCUGCGGCACAAUGUGACCAACCGCACCUGGAUCGCCAGCGAGGCCUGGGUCACCUCCGCUCUCAUCAACCAGCCUGGGGUGAGCUCAGUGCUGGGUGGUACUCUGGGCUUCGGGGUAAAGAGGGCUGACAUCCCGGGUCUUCAGCGCCAUCUACUGGAAUUGGACCCCUAUGCUGACCCACUCACUGAGGAAUUCUGGGAGAUGUUGUUUAACUGCACAUUGGACUAUGGCAAAGCGGUGAAGCAGGCCAAACAGAGGGCCAAGGAGGCGAACGGCACAAUGUCCAGGGCUGUGAGGGGGGUUCCUGACGGGCUGUGUUCAGGCAGGGAGUCCAUAGCACAGCUCAGUAACACCUACUCGGAUGUUUCCCAGUUACGAAUCACUUACAGUGUGUACAAAGCCGUGUACGCUGUGGCCCACGCCUUGCACAACCUGGAGCACUGUGAAGACGGACAGGGGCCAUUCGUCGGGAACAGCUGUGCUAUCAUAACCAACUUUGAGCCAUGGCAGCUGAUGUACUACCUGAAGAACGUGCACUUCAAAGUGCCGCACACGGACGAAGAGGUCUUCUUUGAUGAAGGGGAUGUGUCAGGCCUGUAUGACAUCAUUAACUGGCAGUUCAAUAGUAAUGGCGAGAUAUCCUACGUCACUGUGGGACGCUACAAUGGCUCCGCAGCUCCGGAGGACAAGAUGACCUUAAUCAAUGACUCCAUCGUGUGGAACAAUGACGUGUUGGAGCCUCCGUAUUCAGUGUGCAGUGAGAACUGCCAGCCGGGCAGCAGGAAGGGGAUCCGGCAGGGAGAGCCGGUCUGCUGCUUUGACUGUAUUCCAUGUGCUGAUGGAGAGAUCAGCAACUCAACCAAUGCUCGUGCAUGCAUCCUGUGCAGUUAUGAAGAGUGGUCCAAUGACGCUCAUGAUACCUGUGUACCAAAAAUCAUCGAGUUCCUGGCCUUUGGAGAGCCGCUGGGGAUCACUCUCAUCGUCAUCUCGGCCUUUGGAGCUCUAGUCACCAUCGCUGUCGGGGUGAGACGCUCUGAAAACAAGCCUCCUCGUGACGCCAACGUUGUAAUGUAA